AUGUGGCCCAAUGUCAGCUGCCCCUUCCUGCUGACUGGCUUCCCAGGUCUGGAGGCAGCACAUCCCUGGAUCUCCAUCCCCUUCUUUGCCAUCUACGUCUCUGUGCUUCUGGGCAAUGGCAUGCUCCUCUACCUCAUCAAGGAUGACCUCAACCUGCAUGAACCCAUGUACUAUUUCCUUGCCAUGAUGGCUGGCACAGACCUCACGGUUACAUUGACCACAAUGGCCACUGUAAUGGGGGUCUUGUGGGUAAAUCACAGGGCGAUACGGAGUGGGGCCUGCUUCUUACAGGCCUAUAUCAUUCACUCCCUUUCCACUGUAGAAUCAGGAGUCUUACUCGGUGCCAUUUGCAUACCUCUGUGGUACAGCUCUGUUCUUACCAAUUCUAGAGUGAUAAAGAUAGGGCUUGGUGUAGUGUUGAGGGCCUUUUUAUCUCUCAUACCCCUGAUCCUGCCUCUCUUUUGGUUCCCAUAUUGCGGUUCCCAUGUUCUUUCCCACACCUUCUGCCUCCAUCAAGAAGUCAUGAAACUUGCCUGUGCUGACAUCACCUUCAACUGCCUGUAUCCAGUUGUUCUGGUUGCCUUAACUUUCUUCCUAGAUGCUCUGAUCAUUGUCUUCUCCUAUGUUCUCAUUCUGAAGAUCAUUCUGGGCAUCGCCUCUGGAGAGGAGCGAGGUAUGGCCCUCAACACGUGUGUCUCUCACAUUAGCUGUGUCCUGGUGUUCUACAUCACUGUGAUCGGUCUGACCCUCAUCCACAGGUUUGGGAAGCAUGCUCCACAUGUGGUGCAUAUCACCAUGAGCUACAUCUACUUUCUUUUUCCUCCAUUCAUGAACCCCGUCAUUUAUAGCAUCAAUAUCAAGCAGAUUCAGAGAAGCAUUGUUCACCUGUUUUCUGUGUAUAAAAUUGCAUGA